CAUGUCUGUUUAUGCAAGAUGUUUUAGUCUGAGUCCGAUUCAAUCACACGGAUUCGUUUCCUGGAUUGAUAGGUGUUGUUCGUUAUAUUGAUGGUUACAUUGCCAUAAAUUUGUCCACCGCUAAAUAUCGACCCCAUGGAAUGCUGAGCACUCGUUGAUGUAAAUUGGUGUGCGACCUGGUUUGUUUGAGUUUGAAUGGCGGUAUUUUCUGAAAACGGUGUGCCCAAGUCGAAGGUUGGCUGGGAUAUUGUGGAGCUAGGUAGGGCCCUGGCUGCUGAUGCUGUUUCGAAACGAGAGCUGUUUUGUGUAGAAGAGUUUGGGAUUGGAACCAGAGAAGAAGUAUUGGAUGAGGAUUUGGAUAAAAUGUUGCUGAUUGCGAAUUUCUGUGAAUCAUUUAUUGUGCGGUAAUUGUUCAACGAUUGAAUGUUUUUGUGGCCCGUUACAUACACUUGCAAUGUGUCAGGGACAUUCGAAUCCGUCAUUCUCUGGACGAGGGUUUUACGGACACUUGUGUUGGUGAUUUUCUUAUUAUCAGAUGAAGUAUUUGACAUCUGUCUGGUUUAUCGUGUGUACGAUUGGCCCAGCCCCGGUGUACAGUUUACAAGUCAAGGACCCUAAAUGUCGAUACAGAGUUCAUCUUCCCGAGGCGUCUUGGCACACCGCUUAUGACGCAUGCACUGGUAGUGAUUGGACGUUAGCAAAGAUUUCGUCUCUUACAGAGAUGUACCUCAUCGACUUAGUUCUUCAGGAGGUGAAUGGGCUUUUUGACGACCCCGUGGUCAGUGAUUCGACAGGUGUUUGGGUUGAUGCAUUUUUGAGGUCUUCCAACAACGAGAGCAUGUCGCAAGAUUGUAAAUCUCUGGAUCCUCAACUCCCAGUCACGGUGACCAGAACGGGCCCCGGCGAUAUGUUGUGUAUAUACUAUAACCGAACAGCGCAGACAUUCUUAACAGAUGACUGUAACACAAAGAAAACGUUUAUCUGCGAGAGUAGGAGUGAAGCUCUUCAGGAUUGCAUGACAGUAUCCACGAUAACGAAUUUGAAGAAUGGCAGUCCGUUCGAUAUUUGCUUGGACGUUGAUAUUCCAUCCGGGACCACGGACUGUAAAUCGAGGUGCAUUGAGACUCCAGUCUGCUAUACCUUCACGGGUGAUUGCUAUCUCUUUCGCUAUAAAAACACAUGUAUCACUGGGUUAGGGAGAAGUCCACCUGCUACACUCACACACAAAAGUUUCUUUAUACACAACGCAGCUGACUAUCCAGUUUCCAAUGCUAAGCCACUUUCUGAAUGGUGUCCAGAACUGACUCCGGAAGUUAUGCAAGAAAAAAUUGAUAACAUUCAAAGGAAUUUGACAGUAAAUCGAAAAGAAACCAAUCAAUACAUUCGGACCCUGACCAGUGCCCCAGAUGAGAGACGUUCGGCGAGAAACAUCGGGAUUGUCGGUGUGUCCGUGAUAUGCGGGGUGUUUGGUGUCAUAAUCUUAUCUGACUGUACCGGUGUCAUCAAAGCCAUUCAAUCCAAAUGUGGAGCCGCUAAAGACCGGUGAAGAUGUAUGGGAGGAAUAUAUAUGUGAUUCCUGCGGAGGGUUUACACCAUGUCAUGGCAUUCACAAAGAUGUAUUUAAGUCCUGUUAAUUUCAACUGUCUACGGAUUUUGUCGUUUAAUUGAUUAAUCAAUGACGUACGACACAAUCGGAUAGUUGUGUUUUUUAAAAAUCAAAAUGUUUGUUAUUUUGGGGGGGGGGGGGGUGUAAUAAAACUCAUGUCUGACAUGUGACAUAAGUACAAAGGAAAUGACACAACCAAAGACAGGUACGUACUGGAUUUGAAGGAAGAAAUUAAAAGGCUUCGAAAAUUACGAUUCACAAGUGUAAAGUCUUCCAUAAGAUUCAAAUCCACUCUUUAAAAAAGUAAGAUUCAUUGACGUAAAAAUUAUUCUGAAUAGCAUUGUGUGCAGUGUAUCCGAGCUCCUCAACAGAGUUUAACGUAAAUGUAGAUUAUAUGAGACCAUUUCGGAUUAUAGUUUCCUUCAGUGUUGGACUAUGUGCUGGUCAUGACCCCCCCCCCCCACCUUACCCAAUUAGUUUUGAAAGUAAAGGUACACAAUUUUUGGCCAUUGGUUUGAUGAUUUUGCGCAAAUUCAAAUACACAAAAUAUUUGCAGAGCACUUCUGAAGAGGAACGAAGAUGACUAUUUUUGUAUGUUUGCCAUUUUUGUAAUGUGUCUUUGUACUUUAAACAUUGUAUCGUCUGUUGCCGUUUUGAUUUCAGAACGACAACGUCAUUUUACCUGUUUGCUUGUUUUUCUCCAUUUGAAAAUCAGACCUCAAGCAUCUUGAUAAACAAUAUUUCUACCUUUGACGAGAGAGACAAACGGCAAUAUUGUAACGAUUUGUGGAUGGAGUUGCUACAUGUAUACAAAUAUGGACAAGAAAAUUAUAUGAAAAUGUACGCAUUUUGUCAUCAUAUCAAUUCAAAUCUUGUACAACCAUUUCUCAGGAAAUUACAAUAAUAAUCUCUGUUUUAAAAAUACAUUUGAAAUCCUUUUUUGAAAGAAUAAGUAAUCCCAUGUAUGUAAAACCCAUUGAGAGCGGAAGUUUGACAAACCCCAAGCCCCUAAACCGGAUAUGAAAUUGUAUCGGUGUUUUAUCCGUCCGUUCGCAUACAUUUUCUUCGUCUCCGAGAUACGCUCUGCGAGUAUGAAAUUACUAAACUAACAAACUAACAACUUAACUUUAUGACAAACGGGAUGAUUUCAAAUUCUCCAUCGUCAACUUCCCAUAUUUAUGUAGCAAUAUUCCAUUAUCACCUGCACAUGGUGUUUACAUCUCUCAACUGAUUCGAUACCCAAGAGUUUGUUAUGUGUAUGGUCAGUUUUUAAAUCGAAGCAGGCUACUAACAAACACGUUGAUGGUGCAGGGGUUCCAACAGUCUUGUUUAAAAUCAGCAUUUUGCAAAUUCUAUGGUCGUUAUAACGAUCUUGUUUGCCAACACAACAUAUCAUUGGGUCAAAUGAUGUCUGACAUGUUUCAUGCCGAUUGUUAGGCCUUUCUUGGCACACCAAUUUUGACUAAGGAUAACUCCUUUUACCUGAUCAAGAUAUAGGGCUCACGGCGGGUGUGACCGAUCGACGGAGGAUGCUUACUCUUCCUAGGCACCCGAUCCUACCUCUGGUGUGUCCAGGGGUCCGUAUUUGUCCCACUCUCUAUUUUGUAUUGCUUGUAGGAGUUAUGAGAUUGAUCACUGUUCGUUAUUUUAUUCUCUCAUCCUGGUAUAUUUGAAGCCCGGUAUUAAGAAAUGCUCUAACAAUUUAGAUGUGUGGUUGAAUGAUUGUGCUUAGUCUAUAGAUGUGCAAUGAAGUUUUGGGUGCUGAUGUUGACAUAUAUUUUCAUGAAUGUGUGACAUACUUUUGAUGAGGGUGAUGUUUUUAUCGACCUAAUGCGAUAUUUUAUCCAAAGUCGAAGUCCAAGGUCAAUAUACUCUCAUCAGGUCGACAUAAACGGGCAGAUAUCAAAAUGAUAUAGCUGGGUUUUUUUUAAAUGAGUAACCAAACACUUUAAAAGUAGAAGGUUAUAAAUCCUGUGAUCAUUCAAUUGUUGUCACGUGAUUCUGUUACAUGAAUAAAACGCUUAUAAAGUACAUGUAGAUACUGCCUAAAGCAGAUAUGUAUAAAACCUUACUGUACUAUAACUGUGCCAGAAGAACAUAUUAUUUUUUAAUGUAACAAAUUAUUCACCUUUAAUAACGUAACAUUGGUGGAAACAAGUGUAUAUUGAUAUGAAUCCUUGACAAAGACACAUCAUUGAUUUGGUUACAUUAUACACAGAUUUCUAGGAGUGAAUAAAAUUUUGAUUUUUCAAAACUCGCAGACAGUCAGCAGUGUGUAAUUUCUCCAUGGGAACAUGAGUCACUGUAGCAUUUAUUUUCUGAAUAUGAUGUAGUUAAAAUAUCCUGGUCAAGAGGAUUGGAUUCAACAGAAAUCUGGCAAAAAAGCUUUAAAAGUUUUAUUCAAGUAAUGCCAUACUGUAAAAACAGAUGUGGGUUUAACUUUGAUCAUUAUUUUAAUUAAGAAAUAUAUAUCUCAAAUGUCUAGAUAAAAAGAGUACCAUAAUAUUUAAUGAUGUUUUAGUGUUUCUUAACAAUUAUUUUACUUUAGAAUAAUGAAUUCCUUGAGAAAAGGCUGUCAGAGUGGAAGUGUUUGUUUCAGAACAAUUUUGUAAUUCUCUUCUGUCCUUGCAUACAUAUAGUGUAUCUUCUGUACAUCCAAUCAAUCCCUCUUAUGUAAAUCUGUGUGCAUAUGAAUCAUAAUGUAUAUGUUGUUUAUUGUAAAUAUUUUUGAUGAUAAUAAUGAUGAUUUAACUUUCACAGUUUUACUUGCGUGGAUUUAAGGGCAUGUAUCGUAUAUUUAUCAAUCCCAGCAUAGACAUUUCUAAGAUGUUCAUGAAAUGCUAACAAAUAGGACCUACUGUAUACAUGUAGAUGGAAAUAUUCGCCCACGUUUUAUUUGCACCCCUUUCGCCCUAAUUGUCAGAGGGCGAAUUUAAGAAUGGGCGAAACUAUUUUCUCUCAUAUCCUUCUUUUAACACAGCUAUGUCUGGGCGAAUUUAAAACGAGGCGAAACUGUCUGCAAGUGCAGAACUUAAGCGAAAAUAACACGGGGCGAAAACAACCCUGUAUACAGUAUUUAAAAGCUUCCUGAUGAGAGACCAUGGUAUUGUGCACGCUGUUGUGUUGUUGCGUUAUGAACCAAUGUGAGUGCGGUGUUACGUAUGACGAUAUUGAUAUUGACGUUAUCUUAUGAUCAGUCAUAUACAAUGUCAUGUUGCCUUAAUAACGAUUUUUAAUAUUUAUCUUUACCACGAUAAUCUGCAUAUUUUCCAGUUAAUGUGUGAUGCUUCACACCAUUGUUAUAUUCUUUUAUUAUUCUUUCUGUGUGUAAGGUGUUCAUGCAUCAAAAUAAACACUCAAUAAUGCAAAAUGUU